UUUUGCAAUCCUCACUGUCGGAAAUACGUCAUAAUCUUUGGCGCGAACAGCUACCAUUUUGCAUGGGGGAAAAUUAAUUUCUGUCUGCAGCGCGUCAGUGGCUAUAACAAAAGAAUUCUUUAAAAUGCCCAAAAGUUGUUGUGUUUUUGAAUGUUCAAACAACAAAACAAAAAAUCCAGAUUUGAAAUAUUACAUUUUACCGCAUGAUCCAGAACGUCGCAAACUUUGGCUCAAUGCAAUCAGUCGUACUGCUUUAGAUAAAGAUGGAAAUAUUCUCAAGAACAAACUUUGGUCUCCAAGAUCAAAAUAUCACUAUGUUUGUUCUAAACAUUUUAUUUCUGGUAAAAAAAAAAACCAAUCAAAUGAUCCAGAUUAUGUACCUUCUGUGUUUUCUUACAAAUCAUGUGGAAAAAAACAUCAAGCUCUUCAUCGACAAUCUGUAUUAAAUUGUAACAAAAUAUCAGCUGCUCAUGCAUCUGAUAAAAGUCAGCCAGAUUUGCUAUCAAGUCAAAUUGAAAACAUUGAUAAAAUAAUGCACAGUAACAUAACUGACAAAGCAGGAUGUUCUACUAUGAUCGAACAAAAUUAUCUGCCUUUAGCCUCACCAACCAGCCCCACAACAGCCAUGAAAUCUCUUAUAAGUAUAUGUGAACAAGAAAGUAUGUACCUUGAAAUAGAUAAUAUGCAGUCUGAAAGAUCUAGUCAAAUUGAAAACAUCGAAGAAAUUGUACACAAUAACAUGUCCAAUGAAGUAGGAUGUUCUACUAUGAUCGAACAAAAUUAUCUGCCCUUAGCCUCACCAACCAGCCCCACAACAGCUAUGAAAUCUCUUAUAAGUAUAUGUGAACGAGAAAGUAUGUACCAUGAAAUAGAUAAUAUGCAUUCUGAAAGAUCUAGUCAAAUUGAAAACAUCGAAGAAAUUGUACACAAUAACAUGUCCAAUGAAGUAGGAUGUUCUACUAUGAUCGAACAAAAUUAUCUGCCCUUAGCCUCACCAACCAGCCCCACAAUAGCCUGAAAUUUCUUAUAAAUUAUGUGAGCGAGAAAGUAUGUACCAUGAAUUAGAUAAUAUGCAUUCUGAAAAAUCUAGUCAAAAUGAAAACAUCAAAGAAAUUGUACACAAUAACCAAUGAAGUAAGAUGCUCUAAUAUAAUAGAACAAAGUUAUAUUCCUUUAGCCUCACGAACUAGCCCCACAAUAACUAUGAAGUCUCUUGUCAGUGAAUAUGAACGAGAAAGUAUAUACCAUGAAAUGGAUUAUUUAUGAUCAGAAAGAGAUAUAUUACGAGAAAAAUUAUUGUUGCCUGUGCACUUGUCUCCUUAUUCGUUUCAAGUUUUAAGGGAAAAUCCUGACACUUGCUUGAUGUUAACUGGGUUAAAGUUUGAUAUUUUAACAACUCUUAUCGAUACCUUUUUAUAGGAGAACAUAAUGGUGAUCAUAGACCAACUCGAAAUAUUAUGGAAGAUCAAAUAAUUUUAACAAUUGUUAAAUUGAAGCACAAUAUGAGUUUUGAUAUGUUGGCCCAUUUGUGCUCCAUAAGUAAAACAACAGCUAUUGAAUAUUUUUGGAAAUGGAUAGAUGUAAUGUCAGAAAAAUUAAAAUUUUUAAUUAGAAUGGAAGCUCGAGAACACAUUUUCGAAACCAUACCACAUAUUUUCAAGUCAAAGUUUCCACGGCUUACUUCAAUAAUUGACUGCUUUAAUGUGUUUAUUGAGUCACCUGGUCCUUUGUUAGCAAGAGCACAAUGUUAUAGUAGUUACAAAAAACAUUGCACAUUAAAGGUUUUUAUUUCCUGUACACCACUUGGUGCCAUUAACUUUUUAUCUAAAUGUUGGGGUAGUCGUGUUUCUGACAUUCAAAUUGUAAAAAAAUCAAACUUUACAUCAUCAAAAUACCACUACCCUGGAGAUCAAAUUUUGGCUGAUCGUGGUUUUACAUUGAAAGAUGAUUUUGCUGCUCAUUCCAGUUCGGAACUGUUGGUUCCUGCAUUCGCAAAAAACAAAUGCCAGCUAUCAGCUGAAGAAGUUGAAUCUACCAGAAAUAUUGCAUCUGUAAGGAUUCAUAUAGAAAGGAUUAUAGGAUUAAUGAAAAAUCGUUAUAAAAUUCUAAAAGGAAUCUUGCCAAUAAGAUCAGUGAAAAGUCUAAAGGAUGAGGCAAAUCAUUUAAUAUAUGCAAGCUGUGAUAAAGUUGUUCUGGUGUGUGCUGCUUUAACGAACUUGGGAGAAAGUAUUGUGUUUUGCUAGCAUGUAAUAUUAUUACACUUUUUGUAACAUUUACUUUAUGACUCGAUCAAUGCUGAUUAAGUCAUUUCAAUUUUUAGCUUUUCUAGAAUAUCUUAAGAAUAUAAUACACGUAAUGUUAUAA